GAUGUGAGCUUCAUGCAAAGACGAAGGGGGAAAAUAAUCUUUCAGUGAAAAAGAGUGAUGAAAGAGCCGAAGAAAAAGAUUUUGGUGAGUGUGAAUGUUCUUGGAAGCGUUGGUCCUAUAAGGUUUUUGGUCAAUGAAGACGAUAAAGUUUCAAGUGUUAUUAACACAGCUUUGAAAACCUAUGCUCGUCAAGGCAGGAUCCCGGUUCUAGGGUUCGAUGUCAACAACUUCAUUUUCUACUCCAAUAGUGCAGGAUUCAAAACUUUGAAUCCACAAGAGAAGAUAGGCUCAAUGGGUGAAACGAACUUCUUGCUCUGCAAGAGAGAGCGAGAACCACUGGAAAAGGUCGAAGGAAGAGAAGAGAGUAAAGCUCGUGAAGGCAAGGGUUGGAAAAAUCGUCUUCGUCGGUCCUUAUUAGGAGAAUUUCUAUACAAAAACAAGUCUAACUCUACAAAAGUUGCAAGAACUAGAUCAUUAUAUCAGUGAUCCUUUUUCUUGCAAAUAUAGAUUUCAUUAAACUUAACGGGGGUUUUAAUACAAAUGUUGUUACUUACACUAAUAUGGUAGAUACAAUUUACAGCUCUUCAUAUAUAUACUUUUAUGUAGUAUAUUCUCAUUUGACGAUUUUAGCUGCGGCUUCUGUAACACUAUUUGCCUGAAAUUCGAUGCAACUUCCAAACAUAUAAAAUGCAUCAUAAAUUAUAAAACA